UCCAAGGUUUUUUCUUCUUCCAUAGGUUCCAUAAAAAAAAUUUCUACUUUGAAAAUUUUUUAUCUCUAGAAAAAUUUUCCAAUUCCAAUUAUUUUACAAAAUAUUUAUUUCUAUUACCAAAAAUAUAUAUAUCACAAGUGUAAUAAUACAAUCCUAACGAGUUCAAAUACAAUAAAAUUGUUACAUUUUUCAUUGUAAAAAUGUCCAACCAACGUAUAAGAAAAAAAUAUAGUGAUAUGGAGUGAAAAAUAACGUAAUGGCCACAAAGAAAAAAUACUCUUCCCUUACUACAACACUGUUUCUGUUGCUGGUGCUGUUGUUGCCAACUCCAAUGUGAACCAUCAAAGUAGUUGCUGCUGUUGGCCAGUUGUUCUCUUUUUUGGAAAGAAUUUUUUUUUUCAGUUUUUUUCUUCAUUAGAAAAAUGCGUGUGUGAUUCAUCAUAGAUGUGCGAAAGUAUAGAAAAAAAAUGCAAUUUUUAUAAAAUUUCUUUCGCUCUGGUUGCACUCAGCUCAGCACCCGCCCAUUGCCACCCAAACCGCCCCUCAAUCGACUCUCGACGACUGUGUGCUGCCUUUUGAAAAUAUAUAAAAUAUUCGUGUAGUUUGUGUGUUUUUUUUUUGUUUUUGCUCAUGUGUACUUGAUUGUUGUGUACACUGCAUUUGUUUUUGCACUCAAAAUAGAGGAAGUAGCUAGUAGCUACACCAAACGCAUUAAAGACUAUUAACCAGCCACACAAAAAAUAGUGUGGCUAUAAUAAAUAGGGACUGAGAAAAUUAAGGGAGAGAGAAAGAAAGAUUUAAAUUAAAUUGCAAAAAAGAACAGGAAGAAGAAGAAGAAAUUAUGUCCAGUCGUAAUCGGACUAUAUUGAAUGUUAAUUUGGACGCUGCCAUGGCAAAUGAUCCACUCAGAGAGCUAUUUGAAGCUUGCAAAACGGGCGACAUAACAAAAGUGAAGAAAUUGAUCACUUCGCAGACUGUUAAUGCCAGAGACACGGCUGGAAGGAAGUCCACGCCAUUGCACUUUGCAGCUGGAUAUGGUCGCCGAGAAGUUGUUGAAUACCUUCUCAACAAUGGUGCAUCCAUUCAAGCUUGCGAUGAAGGAGGUCUUCAUCCACUCCAUAAUGCUUGCUCCUUUGGUCAUGCAGAAGUUGUACGCUUACUUUUAAAAGCCGGAGCUAGUCCCAACACCACAGACAAUUGGAACUACACUCCAUUACACGAAGCUGCAAGUAAGGGUAAAGUAGAUGUCUGCAUUGCAUUGUUACAACAUGGUGCCAAUCCUAAUAUUCGCAAUUCCGAACAAAAAACCCCAAUGGAACUGGCUGACGAGAAUACAAGGCCAGUAUUAACAGGAGAGUAUCGAAAAGAUGAGCUCUUAGAAGCUGCCCGAUCUGGAGCCGAAGAUCGUUUAUUGGCUCUUCUGACACCAUUAAAUGUGAACUGCCAUGCAAGUGAUGGACGCCGUUCGACACCAUUACAUCUAGCAGCUGGUUACAAUCGCAUAGCAAUAGUUGAGAUUCUACUAGCCAAUGGGGCAGAUGUGCAUGCAAAAGAUAAAGGAGGCUUAGUGCCUCUCCAUAAUGCGUGUUCGUAUGGGCAUUUUGAAGUGACCAAACUUUUAAUCAAAGCCGGUGCCAAUGUAAAUGCCAAUGAUUUAUGGGCUUUCACACCUUUGCAUGAGGCUGCAUCCAAGAGUAGAGUAGAAGUUUGUAGCUUGUUACUAAGUAAAGGUGCCGAUCCAACACUUUUAAACUGCCAUAACAAAUCAGCAAUAGACUCGGCUCCAACAAGAGAGCUUAGAGAUCGUAUAACUCACGAGUACAAAGGCCACUGUGUUUUAGAUGCCUGCAAAAAAGCCGAUAUUCCAAGGCUGAAGAAAUUCCUCACCUCGGAGACAGUAAACUUUGUGCAUCCCUAUUCUGGAGAUACACCGUUGCAUGCUUCUGGAGUUUCUGUAGACCCGAAAAGAAAACAAGUUGCAGAGAUUCUAAUUCGCAAGGGAGCUCUGCUUAACGAAAAGAACAAAGCAUUCCUUACACCACUCCAUCUGACUGCCGAACAUUUGCAUUACGAUGUUAUGGAUACGUUGCUUAAAAAUGGAGCCAAGGUUAAUGCUCUGGAUGGCCUUGGACAGACAGCGUUGCACAAGAGUGCUCGCGAUGAGCAAGCUUGUCGCUUGUUGUUAUCUUAUUCUAUUGACACAAGUAUUAUUUCGUUAGAAGGCUAUACAGCUGCACAAUUAGCAUCAGAAAGUGUAUUGAAGAUCUUAAAAGAUCCUCCAGACACUGAAACUCAUUUGCUAGAAGCCGCUAAAGCUGGUGAUUUAGAUACCGUUAGGAGAAUCGUUCUCGCCAACCCACACACAGUCAACUGUCGUGAUUUGGAUGGCCGACAUUCUACACCUUUGCAUUUUGCUGCGGGCUUCAAUCGAGUUCCAGUUGUAGAAUUCUUGUUAGAGCAUGGAGCUGAGGUUCAUGCCGCUGACAAGGGCGGCCUAGUUCCACUGCACAAUGCAUGCUCUUAUGGUCAUUUCGAAGUGACCGAGUUGCUAGUUAAACAUGGCGCCAAUGUGAAUGUGGCAGACCUUUGGAAGUUUACUCCUUUGCAUGAAGCUGCUGCCAAAGGAAAAUACGACAUAGUCAAAUUGCUUUUGAAACAUGGCGCAGAUCCGAGCAAAAAGAAUCGUGAUGGAGCGACGCCUUCAGAUUUGGUCAAAGAAUCUGACCAUGAUGUUGCCGAGCUUCUACGUGGUAAUUCUGCUCUGUUGGAUGCUGCCAAAAAGGGUAACCUCGCGCGGGUGCAAAGACUAGUUACUCCCGAGACUAUAAACUGCCGUGACGCACAAGGACGCAACUCGACUCCAUUGCAUUUGGCUGCAGGUUAUAAUAACUAUGAAGUGGCUGAAUAUUUGCUUGAAAAUGGCGCCGAUGUAAAUGCCCAAGAUAAAGGAGGAUUAAUUCCUCUGCACAAUGCAUCCUCCUACGGUCAUCUAGACAUAGCUGCGUUGUUGAUAAAACAUAAGACUGUAGUGAAUGCAACUGAUAAGUGGGGCUUCACACCAUUGCAUGAAGCCGCUCAGAAAGGACGAACGCAACUUUGUGCUUUACUUUUAGCUCACGGUGCAGAUUCGUAUAUGAAAAAUCAGGAAGGUCAAACUCCGAUAGAACUGGCAACUGCAGAUGAUGUCAAGUGCUUGCUUCAAGACGCUAUGACAACGUCGUUGGCUGCAAAUUCCACACUGAGCACUUCGCAAACAUCAUUAAUUAGCAAUUCACCUUCACCUGCCCCAAGUAGUGUCCCUCCUGCAUGUGCUGUCCUCUCACCAACCACUGAAACUGUAACACUGCCAUCAGGCGCCUCGAUGACUCUGAGUGUACCAGUUCCGUUAAUGUCGACACGAAUGAGUCCAGCUCAGGGAGCAGAAUCAAACGCACAAGCAGAUAUGUGUGAGGAAGUGAGUGAUCCAGAUUCGAUUACGAACGUGGCUAGUUUCCUGGCAAGCCAACAACUUGAUCAUUUGAUUGAAUUGUUUGAGAGGGAACAAAUAACGUUGGAAAUUUUGGCUGAGAUGGGACAUGAAGACUUAAAACAAGUAGGAGUUUCUGCUUAUGGAUUUAGACAUAAAAUUCUAAAGGGCAUUGCUCAACUUCGAUCGACAACCGGAAUCGGAAAUAACUUGAAUCCAGGAACACUUUUAGUAGACUUACUUCCAGACGACAAGGAAUUUGUUGCGGUCGAAGAGGAAAUGCAGGCUACUAUUCGCGAGCAUAGAGAUAAUGGACAAGCUGGAGGGUAUUUCCUUCGAUACAACAUUAUUAGGGUACAAAAAGUACAGAAUCGUAAACUUUGGGAAAGAUAUGUGCAUAGGCGACAAGAAGUUUCCGAAGAAAACUCUUUGCAAGCCAACGAACGAAUGCUCUUCCAUGGAAGUCCGUUUAUUAAUGCCAUUGUUCAAAAGGGUUUUGAUGAAAGACACGCUUAUAUUGGCGGUAUGUUUGGAGCUGGCAUAUAUUUUGCUGAACAUAGUUCUAAAAGUAAUCAGUAUGUUUAUGGAAUCGGCGGAGGUAUUGGAUGUCCAUCGCAUAAAGAUAAAUCAUGCUACGUAUGUCCAAGACAAUUGCUUCUGUGUCGCGUAGCUCUCGGGAAAUCAUUCCUUCAAUAUAGUGCAAUGAAAAUGGCCCACGCACCACCAGGUCAUCAUUCUGUCAUAGGUCGUCCAUCUGCUGGAGGCUUACACUUUGCGGAAUAUGUAGUAUACCGUGGAGAACAAGCUUAUCCAGAAUAUUUGAUAACAUAUCAAAUUGUCAAACCUGAAGACAGUAGUAGCGGAAACGAGGAAUCAUCAAGAUGAUGGAUGCCAUCUGUCGGCUCGACGCCAACUUCAUCACCAGCAAAUCAACAACAGUCACAGCAGCAGCAACAGCAGCAACAAUCAUCAUCCACACAAAAACAACAACCACAGCCGCCCACUGUCCAAGCAUCAACAUCACAAUCGCCACACACAGUUGCCGCCACCGCCGCCUCUGCUGGUGAUGCGUCCCUGUCAUCAUCGACUUCCUUUUCGUCCGUAGAUACCAACCAAACGCUUUUGAACGGUUUCAGUAGCGGAGUAGCAACAUCAUCAUCUGUCAAUAAAAAUCGAUCAUCAUCUGUUUCCAAUGGAACAAAUCGAUCGUAUCGCACUAAGUACAGUCAAUUCAUGAUUAUCACUCCAGCAGUUUCGAUUGAUCGAAAUUUCGAUAAUGAGACCGGCGCUCCCGCUGAUAAUGAUGUCGAUGAGUCACGCUACUACAAUGGCAAUUAUUUUCGCAUGAAUUUGAUCAAUAGCAACAAUGACAGCAGUGGAAAUGAUAGCAGUGAUAGUAGUUUCCGUUCGAAUUACAAUUCAACUCUGCACAAUAGUCGACAUCAUCUGCUAUCAAAUAAUCCUCAUGGCUUCUACACAUUCUCAUCAUGGCGCUGGUGCACACUGAUUUGUGCUGCAAUGCGAUGUUUUGGCGGGGGUCGCAGUUCGAAUGUUCCCUACAGUACAUCAUUCUCUCAUCGUCCAUGCAAUGGAAACAAUCGAAGCAGUAAGCAAUCGUCGACGUUCAAUCAUCAUUUGCCAACAUUUACACCGCGCAAGACUCGUGAUCAUAUGAAUAAUAUUACAUACGAAUUGUGACGCAGAUCAUCUUUGUCAAUCGUCUUGUUGGUAUUUGAUGUUAAAUUUCAGCUUAUUAGCUGCAUUUUUGAUCUCUUCUCUAAACUAACACUGAUAAUGAUUUGUCGAUUUAUUAUUAUCGGUGUUGUCGUGUUUGUCGUGUUUUAUAAUCAGCUUUUUAAUACAUUAUAUUAUACACACUGUAGGAAUAAUUGUACACGAUGUUUAUGUGUGUUUUAAAAAAUGAAGCCGUUUACAUUCUAAAAAAAAAAAGAAAAUAACAAAGUUUAAAGGGUUCAACUUGUCAGAUAGUACAUUCAAAUUACACACAAAUUAUUAGAACAUUUCUAAAUAUCUAAAUAAAAAGUAUUCUUUUUUUUUAUUAAAUGUGCUCCCCAUAAACAGAAAAGUGCACUAUUAUGUACAUUUUACAUUUUUAUUUACAGUCUCUAACUUUGUGUUUCAAUGCAAGAUAGUGUUUUUUUCAGUUAAAAAGGGUUUUAUUUUUCGACACAACAUGCUUGGACCUCAACACACUUAGUUAAGCGUUUCUCCAACAGUAAAAUUGCUUCCCGGAAGUGAGAGUCUGGAGGACUUUCAAAAUAUUCAUUUAUGGUCCUUUUCACUUUUUCAUUGGCCCUUAAUCGUUUCCCAGAUACAAUUGUUUUUAGUUUCGGGAACCAGAACUCUUUUCGCGAAUUCUGGUAUCCAGUUUAUCAAGAAGGUUAGUGUAGUAUUGUCGGGUUACUGUUUAACCCUUUUUGAGAUAAUCAAAAAACACGAUCCGUUUCACAUCCCAAAAAAAAAAAACACGGGCCAUAAUCUUUCGU